AUGGCCACCGCACAAAGACUUCUCAUCACUAUGUCCUGCGAAGCCGGCGCUCACCGGACGUUGCCCGCUUUCGUUCUCCUGGGUUUUCUGGCCGGGAUCUCUUGGACACAUCCAGUUGUAAGCAGAACUAAUGGCACAUUGCUGGAAAGAGGCUGGCAGUCUCUCUUGUCCAGGUCCAUUGCUGGGAUGUCAGGGGACAAGGCAGAUGUGAACUGGGAGAGUGACUAUUUGCUAGGAAUCAAGAGGCAGCGGAGGCUUUACUGCAACGUGGGCAUCGGGUUUCAUCUUCAGAUCCUCCCAGACGGAAGGAUAAGCGGAGUUCACAAUGAAAACCAAUACAGUCUCUUUGAAAUAUCCACUGUCGAGAGAGGUGUUGUCAGCCUCUUCGGUGUGAAAAGUGCUCUCUUCAUUGCAAUGAACAGCAAGGGGAAGCUCUAUGGAACGGCUGUCUUCCAAGAUGAGUGCAAAUUCAAAGAAACUUUGCUGCCCAACAACUACAAUGCAUAUGAAUCAAAUGCUUACCCUGGUGCUUACAUAGCACUCAGUAAACAUGGGAGAGUGAAGAGAGGAAACAAGGUUUCUCCUGCUAUGACAGUGACCCACUUUUUACCAAGGAUAUGA